AUGCCCGAAACGACGAAGGUCGUUCCUCUCACCUGCCAUGGCCACUCGCGGCCCGUCCCGCACAUCCACUUCUCGGCCAUGGCGGACGAAGACCAGUACUAUAUGAUAUCGGCCUGCAAAGAUGGCAAUCCCAUGCUGCGAGACGGCAUAACCGGCGAUUGGAUUGGCACUUUCCUGGGGCACAAAGGCGCUGUAUGGCAGGCCCGGCUCUCGUCCGAUGCGACGCUCGCUGCGACGGGAUCGGCCGAUUUCUCUGCCAAAGUAUGGGACACCCACACCGGCGAAGCUCUUCACACCCUCUCGCAUAACCACAUCGUCCGCGCCGUCGCUUUUCCGAACCAGCCCCACCCCCAGAUCCUAGCCACUGGUGGCAUGGAGAAGAAGCUGCGCAUCUUCGACCUCUCCCGUAGCGACAGCUCGUCCUCGUCCCCGACCAUUUCGUCUACCCCGCCUCCGAGCUACGAGAUUGGAGCUGGCGUACACGGCGGUACCCUCAAGUCGAUUGUGUGGGCCUCGGACCCGAACAUCUUGAUCACGGCGGCGGAGGACAAGAAGGUGCGAUGGUGGGAUCUGCGGCAGCAGUCGACCAUCGGCGAGUACGCGGUUGAGGGUGUGGUCGGCACGUGCGAGUUGGAUAAUACCUCCUCUGAUGGCAUCUUGAGCGUUGCCGCUGGAAAGAGCGUCUACUUCUUCAACAGCCUCUCGCCCGCAUCUCUGAUCAAGAGCGUGAAGACACCGUACGAGAUUGCCAGCGUGGCUAUACACAGCGGGCAGCGCAAGUUUGUUACUGGUGGUAGCAACCAGAACGACACCUGGGUGAGGGUCUGGGACUUUGACGAAGAGAAGGAGCUGGAGACGAACAAGGGCCAUCACGGACCAAUUUGGUCCACGAGCUUUUCGCCUGACGGCAAGCUCUACGCUACGGGUAGCGAGGACGGCACCAUCAAACUCUGGAAGUUUACCACGGGGCCGUAUGGUCUGUGGAAGUAG